AUGCUGAGGAUCGCCGCACGACAGGGUCUCAAGAGUGUCAAUGGCAUGCGCAUGGGCAUGCGCUCGACAAUGUACAAAAACACCACUGCCAGUUCUCGGUUCAGUAUCCAACAGCAACCUGGUGUGCUUAUCAGCCAACGCUUGGGAGCUACAGCAUUUGUACGCAGCUACACAACGACCGAAGCAACCGGUGAGGCAGCAUCAGCAGCAUCAGCAGCAGCAACUACCACUGCCACUUCAGUAUCCGAUGCUGUCAACCAAGUCGUAUCACCUGAGAAUUUGAGUGAAGCAGCUGCCAAGAUUGGCGAUUUCAAGGCAAUGGGUCUAUGCAACUUUACACCUGUGGGUGGAUUGGAAGCCAUGUUGGAAGCUGUGCAUGUGUAUACUGGAAUGCCAUGGUGGGGUACCAUUGCUACUGCUACGGUGCUUGUGCGUUUGGCUUUGCUUCCUUUGAUGAUCAAGAUUCAACGCAACAAUGCAAAGAUGAUGAACUUGAACCCCGAAGUGUCUCGAUUGAUGAGCAACCUCAAAACAGCACAACAGGAUGGUGAUUCGGUGGCCGUUGGCAAGUACACCAAUGAGAUGCAAGGUCUUUUCAAGAAGCAUGGUUGCCAUCCCAUGAAGUCCCUUGGCUUGCCUAUCAUUCAAAUGCCGGUGAUGGUUUCCUUCUUUUUGGCUUUGCGUGCUAUGGCCGAGUUGCCGGUGCCUGGAAUGACCACGGGUGGUCUUGGAUGGUUCACUGAUCUCACUGCACAAGAUCCUUAUUACAUUCUUCCCGCUGUCAGUGCUGCUGGUGUGAUGGCUGUCCUUGAAGCUGGUACCGAAGUAGGUGCUGCAAAUCCUCAAAGCCGUGGCAUGAAGAACUUUUUCAGAGUGAUGGCGGUUGCCAUGGUACCCUUCACUUAUUGGAUGCCUAGUUCGGUGUUCGUAUACUGGAUCACUUCCAAUGCCGUAUCCAUUGCACAAAUCCUUACGCUAAAGAACCCUGCUGUACGCAAAGCACUCGACAUUCCCAAGCUCGUCAAGCCCGCCGCUGAAUUGCAAAAGAACCAAAAGGGUUUCUGGGAAAACUUUAAGGAACAAACCAAGCACCAUGAAAAGCUGGAAAAGGAACGGGCAUUGCGUGAACGUCAACGUGCAGCUGUCAUGGCCAGACGUGCCGCCAAGAGAAGAUUCUAA